AUGGAAUUUGAUUAAGUGAUUUUUUGUUGUGAAGUGAUAAGAAAACAUCUAAUAGUGAAUAAGCAUUAUCAUUUACAGCUGUUAUAAAAUAAAAUCUUGAUAAGAGAGAAUGUAUAGUAUAUAAGAUGCAUAAAUUAUUAGUUAGAACAUAUAGCAAAAUACGAGGUUGUAUUAAAUCUGAAACAGCAAAUAAGUUGGAAAAUAGGAGAAAAUCAUAAAAUAAAAGAAUUUGGGAUAAGAUAUAACAAUAAACUAAAAUGGUUUAAAGGGAUUAGUGAUUAAUUGGAGUAGUUGAAAUAGCGCAUAUCUAAUAAAAUAUUUAUGACAGGAAUUUCAAAUUUCUAUUCUUCUCAUGAUUAAAUUGGAACUGGAGCAUCUUGUAAAGUAAUAAUGAUUAAAGAUUAUGCAACUCAAAUUAGUUACGCAGCCAAAUGUGUAAGUAAAGAAUACAUAAGAAAAAAGAAAACAUCUGAUAGAUUUGACAGAUUAGUAAAUGAAAUAGAAAUAUUAAGAACAUUAAAGUAACAUCCUAAUUUAAUCAAAUUGUAAGAAUUGUAUGAAGGAGAAAAUAGUUAUUACUUAAUUUUUGAGUAUUUGGAAGGAGAAACACUACAUAAAUUUAUUAAAAACCGUGGACAUCUUUUGACAGAACCUAUUGUAAGGAGUAUACUUUAAGUAUAAAAUUUUAUUUAUUAUUUUAGUAAUUGUUAUUAGGAAUUAGAUAGUGUCAUCAGUAAAAUAUUAUUCAUAGAGAUAUGAAGUUAGAAAAUGUUGUACUUACUAAGUUAAAUAAAAUUGAUAAUAUCAAGAUUAUUGAUUUUGGAUUAGCUAUUUUUAAUACUCCUGAAAUACCAUUUUCUAUUUGUGGAACUCCUGGUUAUAUUGCACCUGAAAUCUUGAAUUAUGAGGAAAACAAAUAUAAAUCUGAGAAAUUUAUUUAUACUCCAUAAAUUGAUAUGUUUGGUAUAGGAGCCAUGCUUUAUAGAAUGUAACAAUAUUUUCAACUUUUAGAAUGACUAGAGAACCUUUAUUCAAUGCUGAAAAAACUAAAGAAUUAUUACAUAAAAACUAAAAAUGUCUAUACACUAAACGAUCUAUUACUUAAUACUCUAGUGUUCUAAACUUAAUUCUAUAGGGAUUGUUGGAAUUCAAUCCUAAAAAAAGAAUUUCUGCUGAUCAAGCUUUAGAAAUUUUGUAAUCUUAAUCAAUUAAUCAAAUUACUUAGAGAAAUGAAUCAACUAAUAAUAUUAAUUAAACAGAAGAAUUUCAAAUUUAGACAAGUACUGAUGUAAUUCAAACUCCCUAUUUAUUUCCUAAUCGUAAAAUUAAAACAGAAUUGGCUUUUCUACAUUCAUAUCAUAUUAAUGAAGAUAGAAUAUGUCAAAGUGGCAAAUCCUAUCUCCCUUCUUUUAGUAUCAGACAAAGUCUUGAUAUUGAACAUGAUUCCUUAAUAGAAGAAACUGAAAGAGAUUAGGUUUUAGAACUAUGA